UGUCGGUGACGUCAGCCGGACCGUGACGGAGGGUGGUUCCGUCUGUCGGAGCGGAGUGACAGACCUGGACCAGCGGGCCGGGACCGGGGACCGCUCUCAGCCAGACCUUUAACCUGAGCGCAGCGAGGCGGGGCUUGGAGCCGAGGAGCAUGGGCGGUCCCCCGGGCCAGCGCCGGGGCAGCAGCAGCAGCAGCAGCGGCAGCAGCAGCAGCGCGGCCGGCGGAGAGAAUCCCGGAGUCUGACAGCGUCGCUUCUCCAUCUCCUCCUCCGUCUCCUCCUCCAUCUUGGUCGGCAGUGAUGGAGCACAUCCGGACGCCCAAGGUGGAAAACGUGCGUCUGCUGGAUCGGUCGUCGGGCCAGAGGAAGGCCAGCGUCGGGACGCUCUACCUGUCCGCCACACACACCAUCUUUGUGGAAAACAACCCAGAGACUCGCAAGGAGACAUGGGUGCUGCACAGCAUGGUGAGCGGCGUGGAGCGGCCGCCCGCCACGCCCUCAGGAAGUCAGCUGAUCCUGCGGUGUAAGGACUUCAGGGUCCUCCACAUCCUCGUCCCUCAGGAGAGAGACUGUGUGGACGUCCACACCUCGCUGGUCCGGCUGUCCCGACCAGAGAAGUAUGGCGAGCUCUACUGCCUGUCCUUCAACCCCAACGUCAACAAGGAGGAGCGCGAGGAGUCCUGGAGCUUCAUCGACCUCAGUGCGGACUACAAGAGGAUGGGGGUUCCUAACAACCUGUGGGUCACUACAGCAGGCAACAGCGAGUACCGGAUUUGUGACACCUACCCCUCUGAGCUGUUCGUCCCAAAGUCGGCCACGCCCACCGUCAUCGUGGGCAGCUCCAAGUUCAGGAGUCGAGGGCGAUUUCCUGUUCUGUCCUACUUCCACCAGGACACGCUGGCUGCCGUGUGUCGCUGCAGUCAGCCGCUGUCUGGCUUCAGCGGCCGCUGUCAGGAGGACGAGGUGAUGCUGCAGACCGUGAUGAAGUCCAACCCCGGCAGUGACUUCAUCUACGUGGUGGACACCCGGCCUAAGCUGAAUGCCAUGGCGAACAGAGCGGCGGGGAAAGGCUACGAGAACGAAGACCACUACACCAACAUCAAGCUGCAGUUCAUCGGCAUCGAGAACAUUCACGUGAUGAGGAGCAGCCAGCAGAAGAUCGUCGACGUGGGUGACAUGCGUUCCCCGUCCAUGACGGACUUCCUGUGGGGUCUGGAGAACUCUGGGUGGCUCAAACACAUCAAAGCCAUUUUGGACGCUGGAGUCUUCAUAGCCAGGGCGGUGGCUGAUGAAGGCGUCAGCGUUGUGGUCCACUGCUCGGAUGGCUGGGACCGGACCGCCCAGGCCUGCUCGGUGGCCAGUAUCCUGCUGGACCCGUUCUACAGGACCAUCAAAGGACUCAUGGUGCUGAUAGAGAGGGACUGGGUUUCCUUUGGACACAAGUUCUCACACAGGUACGCCCACCUGGACGGAGAUCCCAAAGAGGUGUCCCCCGUCAUAGACCAGUUCCUGGAGUGCGUGUGGCAGCUGUCCGAGCAGUUCCCGUGCGCCUUCGAGUUCAACGAGCGCUUCCUCAUCGCCGUGCACGCACACGUGUACUCCUGUCAGUACGGGACCUUCCUGGGGAACAGCCAGAAGGAGCGCCGGGACAUGAGGCUCCGCGAGCGCAGCCACUCGGCGUGGCCUCAGCUGUGGAGGGACAGAGCCGAGUUCGCCAACCCCCUGUACAAGGCGGAGCUGAGCCAGAGUCAGGGCGUCCUGAGGCCCAACACCUCCCCCUACUGCUUCAAAAUGUGGAAGGGUCUCUACAACCACGUUGAGAAGUCGGCGCCCCCUCGCCAGUCGCCCGCAGACUUCCUGUCUGCUGUGAGGGAGGAGUCCCAGCAGCUGGAGGAGGAGCUGACCAACCACCAGGAGAAGAUCGCCGCUCUGACGGGGAAGCCAAUCACGUGGGAGAAGAUCACUGUUCCGAGGAGGAGGUCUAACCAGCAGCGGCAGAGACCUGGCGGGCCGGACCCGCCCACCACCUACACAGAACCAAUCAAGAGAGCCGUUAGAGCGGCGUCUCGCGGACCCGCCGGCCCCAACGCUCCGAGCCAGGACUCCGCCCUCCUCUCGCCGCUGGCGCUGCAGCUCCAGAGUCUGGACCCUGAGGAGCUCUCCGCCUGCAGCGACCUGGAGUCGGGCGUCGCCGACCUCAGCAGCCGCUCGUCUAGCGGCGGCGACGACGGCAAAGACCCGGACCUGGAAUGAGGCGGCCUGUGGCGCUGCCUGACCGGAAGAAAGGGAACCCGGACGUUUUGAACCGACUCUGAGAGGCAAAGACGGGCUGCUUUUUAUACGUGGACCUUGUUUUUAGACUUUUUAAUUUAUCACCGCUGUGAGAUGUUCAAAUGUGACCCGGCAGGCGGCGCGGCCCAGCGACUCACGUGCAGCCGGAGAAACAGGAAACCCGUAGGUCUUAAGUUCUUCCCAUGACUGAUCAGACUGCACAAUGCUCCCUUCGUUUCCAUAGUAACAGCAGCGUCAGAACGUAAUCAGAAUAAAAUCUGGAGGCAGGAAUAAAAAUACGCCGCCGCCAGGACGACGUCCACGAAUAAGAACUGCAGAACACCUGAGAAAAAGUAGGCGCGUCUCUAAAAACCCCUUCUGACGACGUAAAUGAUGAGCCCCGCGCCGGCGGCUCCCUCGCUCUAUACUCACGCCACCAGCCGCCAGGUGGCGCUGCAGGUUCUGUUCUGCAGCUGCAGUGCUGCAGAGAAGAGCCACACUGCCCCCGGUGGUCGGUGGUGUCAUUACAGGGCGACGUUCAUGCAGAAGCCCUGUGGGCGCUGGGCGUAGCCG